GCGCGCGCUACAGUGCCAAAUCGCUCCCAGCGCUGCCCAAGGUGCUGCCGCGUGGUGCCCGUGUGCUGCCGAGCGUUGCCCGUCCGGGCGCCCGCGCUCCGCCGACGCAUCAGCCUCCAGAGUCAAGUGGCAAGAGAGAGCAUGAGCCGCCUCCUGAAGGAGAUCGCCCCGCACAACGCGCCGGGGCCGCGCGCCCUGACCACGACGCCGUGCCUCGUCUGCGGUGAUGAUGGAGAGGGGAUGGACUGCUGCCCCGCGGCGCUCUGCACGCCGUGUCUGCAGCGAGCGGCCAAGGCGCAGGGGUCGCUGUUUCGCUGCCCGUUAUGUCGAGAUGAUGGCGCGUUCGUGAUCGCGGCGAAGAGGAGAGGAGUGGUCGCGAACGCGAAGGCGACGCCGCGCUACGCGAGCGGCGACGAUCUAACGAUACGAAGGCGCUGCAACGCGCCGCGAUGCAAGGCGCCGGGCGGCCGGUUCGUCGACGCGGCCGAGAACCCGCUGACGCGCCACGGUAACACAGAGAAGUGGGCCCUCGCGACGUGCGCGCACUGCGGCCAGACGUCGCGGCACCGCGGGUGUGUGAAGAGAUUUGAGGGCUUUCGCUGCGACGACUGCGACGUGCAAGUGCUGGAACGGACCCCGGACGACUUCCGGAAGGGCGAUCGCGUCGAGGCGCGCUUCUCGGGCGGGCCGCGCUGGUACGGGGCCGAGGUCGUCGCCGUCGUUGAGGAAGGGAUCCGCGUCAAGUACGACGACGACGGGUCCCUGGAGACGAUCCGCGUCGCCGCGCGCAUCCGGCACCGCGCCGCGGAGGAGGAACGGCCGCCUUCGCGGCCCGCGGCGCGGUCGCGCCGGGGCGAGGAGGAAGGCGGCGGCUCGGUCCCGCCGGGUCAGUCUCGGAACCCAACCGGGGGCUUCCGGUGCGAGGUCCGCCAGGUCGGCGGCACGAGAUGGCGCCGCUUCGAGUCUUGUCGGGACGCCGGCCGGGCGUUCAACAUUCACGGCAACUACUUCUCACGACUCGUCAACGACGACGCCGCGUGCCCGGCGUGGGUGCGAGAACAGUUCGAGGCGCGGCGGCUGGGAGACGACGCGGACGAAGAAUCGUCGGCGGACGACGACGAGGCCGCGCUCCGGGCGCUGCGCGAGCGCGUCGAGCGCGACGGUGGCGACGAAAUGACGGCCGCGCGGCUCGAUGCGUUGCUGGCCGGCUGGAAAGGGUCACGCGAGCGAAAAGUUACACACGGCCGCCCGAACGGUUUUGCCUACAGCUUCGUCGCCCCCGACGGAACCGAGAUCACGUCGAUCGGCCGCGCGGCCGCGGCCGUCCUCGAGGCCGUGCCGGCGGCCGACGUCGAGGCCGCCGCGGCGGAAGCGCCCGCGCCCGCACCGGUGGCCAGGGAGGAAGACAAUGACGACGCGCCGGCGGCGGACGAACCGCCGGUGUUUGACCACGGCGCUGCGCUCCGGGCGCUGCGCGAACGCGUCGAGCGCGAUGGCGGCGACGCGAUGACGGCAGCGCGCCUCGACGCCCUGCUCGUCGGCUGGACGGGGUCGCGGCAGCGCAGACGGCGAACCGGCUACACUUACAGCUUCGUCUCCGCGGGACGAGCCUGGUCUUACAGCUACACCGCCCCCGGCGGCGCCAAGUUCCGGUCGAUUGCCAGCGCGGCCGCGGCCGUCCUCGGCGUCGCGGCGCCGACUGACGAGGGCGCCGCGGACGAGGCGCCAGCGCCGACGGCCGCCGCACCGCCGUUGAAGGUGUCCCUGGUCUCGGAGGUCGCCGCCCGCGAGGAGCUCCGCGACCAUCUGCGAGGUCUGCCGGGCGUCGAGGCGUCCCAACUGGACAACCUGCUCGCCGGGUGGCAGGCGACGCGGCGCCGACGAGCAGACGGAACCACGUACAGCUUUAUCUCGCCCGGCGGCGAAGAAUUCACGUCCGUCUCCCGCGCCGCCUGGGCGGCGUGCCGCCUCGCGCCUGUGGAGAGACGACUCCGCGCGGAAGCCGAGCGGCUACGGGUCGAGAACGACGCGCUGCGGAACGACCCGGCGGCGGCCGCGCGGCGCGAGGCCAAGCUCCGGGCCGAGGUCGGGAGGCUCCGCGUGGAGAACGAGAGGCUCGCGCGGGCGGCGCAGCAGCCACCGGUCGUCGUCAACCACAGCCGCCGCGACGCCGGUCUCGGCGCGUGGAUGGCCGAGACGUUCGACCACGCCGUCGGCACGGAGCCGGUCGUCGUCAACCAGGUCCGUCCAGCGCGCCGCGUGACGGCGGGCGCGCCCGUCGUGCCGCCGGCACCGGCCGUGCCGGCGUGGCCGGCUCCGAUCGAAGCGCCGAUCCCGCCGCUCGGCCCCCGUGCCGCGAGCCUCGCUGCUGACAACGCGUUCCGCGCCGCGUCGGCGUUGGCGCUACGCAAUUUGAGAGAUUCCCUCCACGCCGUCGAGGCGCUGGCGACGAGCGACUUCCAGGGCCCCAUGAAGCGGCCGGUCGCGCGCCUGGCCCUGAAGGCGCACCAGCUCGCGACGCACGUCGCCGCCUCGGAGACGCAGCUCGCCGAGCGCAUCACGUGGGCGCCGCCUUCUUUCUGGACGCCCGACGAGGACUGGCGCCUGGAGCGGCUGUACAGCGAUGAGUGCGCCGCGGUCGACGCCGCCGGCCUACAGGGUAGGUCGGUGCGCGCCGAUUUCUGGGCCCGCGCCGCCGCCGCCCUCGGUACCAGUCGCACGGCCGGGGCCGUUGAGUCGCGUUGGAAGGCAUUGCGCGCUGGCACCGGCGCGAGGACGCGGCCUUGGACAUCCAACGAGGACGAGCGACUCCGAACCAUGGUCGGCGACUUGGGCGCGAGGAGCGACUGGCCCGCCAUCGCCGUGCAGCUCGGCAACGGCCGGACGGCGGGGGGCGUCGAGGCGCGCUGGCAGAUCUUGCGCGCCGACGAGCCGAUGAGAACGAAGCCGCGCUGGACGGCCGACGAGGACGAGCGGCUCUCGGAGCUUGUACGCGCGGCUCCGGAGCGCGCGUCGGGAAGUGCGCGACCAGGCAUGUGGGACCGCAUCGCCUUGUCGUUUCCCGAUCGUACUGCGUCGGCGGUCGAGCACCACUGGAAGGAUCGUAACAAAAAAGCGCAGCGACACGCCAUGGCGGCGCCCGCGCCGCCAUCAAAAACAUUAGAGAAAUCACAGAAGAUUAGAUGUCUGCAGGACAAUCCGAAACAAAAAGGCACUGCAUGUCGCGACCGCUACGAAAAGUAUAAAUCUGCUACCACUGUCAAGGAAUUCUAUGAGAAGGAAGGCACUCCUGCUGAUCUGGACCAUGACAUUGGAAAGGGAUUUAUCGAAGUUAUCCAACCGACGCCCGCGCCGUCGAUCGCGGGCGAUCCUGACCGGAAGAAGCGGCCGCGGGAGGGACCUGCCGCCCCCCGCUGGUCCUCGGACGAGGAGGCGCGCCUGCGCCAGGUUGUUGAGGACGAACGCAGGGCGAUCGCGGGUGGGGCGCCGAAAGCCGGCGUGUGGGAUCGAGUCGCUAUAGCUCUCGGGACGGGUCGGACAGGCGGCGCCGUGUCACAACACUGGAGCGCGAUGAAUCGAGGCACCGCCACCGGUGCGCCGGGCGCGGCUCGUUGGACGCCCGACGAGGAGCAGAAGCUGAGGCGGCUCGUCGAGGCGGAGCGCGCCGCAAAUCGCGGCAAGUGUCGCGGGUCGUUCUGGGAUGGCGCGGCGGCGGCGCUCGGCACGAAGCGGACGGCGGCGGCAGUCCAGCAUCACUGGCAGGACAUGAAUAGCGCGUCGCGCCCGAGCAAGAAGGCGCGGACCGACGAGCCGCCGCCCCCCGAAGAGGUGGACGACCCGAUACUUGACCCGUUCGGCCUCCGCGCGGGCCUCGCGGCCCUCUUCUCCCCAUGGGGAUGGGGUUCGUAAGCACAUAACUAACAAGUCA